GGUAAUGUCAGAGUGGUAGUGAAUGGAACGCGGUGUGCUGCACGUCCUCGCGUAGUACGACGCUCCGCGAGCGUCGCGCGCCACCAAUGGUCGGCGAGUACGGGCGGUCACGUGACGUGCGUGCCGAGCUGUGCAGCAGCAGAACAUUGCAAAUGACAAGACGCGUAGGGCAUUGUGUCGUACCGCCGCCACCGCUGUCAUCGUCGUCGUCCUCGUCGUCCUCUCGUCGUCGUGCUCGCGCCAAGUUCCUCCGUUCUCGUCGCCUCGAAGAGAAGUCCUCGUCUCCCGGUGCCUAGCACGUCGGAUACGUGCUUCCGCGUCAGGGACGCGUCCGUGAAAAGAAAGAGCGAGAGAAGAGAGAGAGAGAGAGAGAAAAGGAAAAAGGCAGCCAGCCCGUAGUUGUAGUUGCGCGCGCGACUCUUCGCGCGGGGUCUGGUCCACCUCUCUCUCCCGCGCCCUGAGAGAAAGAGCGGCGAGUUCGCCGAGGCAGGAGGAAGCCGCGUCAGGCGCGCGUCCGCUCCGUCGAGUUCCCCGUGCGAGGGAUCGUAUCCGAAUAGUUUUCUCUGCGGAGAGAAAUAGCAGAGGGAGAACGAGAGGGAGAGAUAGAUAAAACGAAAAACGAAGAUGUCGAGCUCCUCGCAGCGUAUGCGAAAGUCCUCGCCAUGCUCGAAGCAGGGCCCGAUGCGUGCCACCCUGCCUGUGAGCUCGCUCAUGAGGCAGGGCCGGCAAAGCAGCAGCCUUCGAAAGAGCAACAGCAACAGCCCCACGGUCUCGCCGACGAACGCGGCCGUCUGGCGGGCGCGAAUCUCCCCGGAGACGUCGUCUUCCUCGGGACAGCGGAGUCCCGGGUCCCUAUCCUACAAAGCCAAAUCAAAAACACUGAGCGGCCGUUGUAGCGAUAGCUUAAGUGGCAGCCAGAGUAUUCGACGAACAGCAUCACUGGAUACCAUCUAUCUAAAAGGACAAUGGCCACGUGAGUCCUAUUAUAUGCAUUCCAGUCUUCUGGUGGACAAAUCUACUCAGACGGAAGAAUGUUCCAAUGAACCAAGAAAAAUGCAUAGUCGUCAUCCCACAGAACAAACUGUCACCGAUGAAAAAUUGGAGAAGAAUUAUUUCAGGCAUCGAUUACAACGUACAAAUAAAGAAGGUACUAGCAGUAGACUAAUAAUGCCGGGUGGUCCACCACCUGCACUUCCCGGAGAUCAUUCAGUACUUUUACCCAGUAUUGCUUCACAGACAUCCAUGCACAAUCAAUUUAGCUUGAGUGCAAAAGCAAGUCCUAUGAAUAUCCCAGUGAAACCAAUGAGGCCUCCAAUGCGUUCGUCUAUCGAAGGGCUCAAUCAAGAAAUUGAAGGACUCGUGCUCAAAAGUACAGCCAAUAAUAGCGACGCAGAUCAUCCAAUAGAAGACAAGUAUGCACGAUAUCGCGAGCAAAUCACACCCGAAGGACAUCGCGCUCCUUUAGCAGAUCUAUUACGGAGUGUCAACACCACUCGGAGUGUCAACACACAAACGCCGGCUACCGACCUUCCCUCCAGUUCUUAUUCUUCAGGCCCUCCAUCUAGGAAUUCUGAGUCUCCGCUGAUUCCUGGUGUUAUGGAUGCGUCCCGUCCGCCUAGCGAUCUCUUACAAGGUGGAAGCCGCGGUUCAACACCUGAACAAGACAGAGAAGGACGUCUCGGUACCUCUCCUCACAUUAACAGGUUCCUGGCGAGGGAACCGCCCGAUGGCUGUGAGAAAGUCAACCUCAAAUUUGUGGAAGAUGCAAGGCGGCCCAUGAUAGAUUUGAGCAAACUAGACUAUUCCCCAAAGCCGUGCGUUCCAGCAUUCCAGUUGAAACCCAGCUUGGGAUCAGCGUUCCUGCCAUUGCAACAGCCGGCCAGCCCGACGAUGGUCGCCUCGAGUGCAUCACCCUCCGCGCAUACGACACCGACCACACCUCCACCAAAUCCAUAGUCCCACUCUUUAUCUUGCGGUGUUACACUUGUAAGCUCGAUUAGUAUAUAUUAUAUAUAUAUACAUACAUAUAUAUAUUUUUUUUUAACGACCUUGUGGGUAGAAAGUGAUUUACUUCGACGUAAAAGCAUAUAUAUCGACAAAGAAAAGUUACCGAACAAAAAUGAAAGAAAGAAAGAAAAAAGAACAGCCUGUUCCCAGUGCGCGCCGCGCGGACAUCGUGCUGGCAUCGUGGAUCGUGUAAUUAAAGAAGUUGCGGAAUUGCAUGAAUACAAAUAAAAAAAAAUAAAAGGGAAAUAAAGUAUUUGGACGGCAUCCGAGCUCCGUUUAUAAUGUUCGAAACAAUAAUCUAUAAAUACGAGGAACAAUAAUUUGUGAUAACUAAAAGAAAAAAUACACAAAAAAGAUAAAGAAAACGACAACGUUUAGGAAUGAACAUUGUGUUCUACAGGGAAAAAAGACUAAUGAAAUUGCGUAUUCUAAAUUUAGUGCUAAAAUGUGCUAAACGACUUUAAUUUUGUACACACGGAUAAAAUAUUCAAGAUUAUGACAAAAAAAGUAUUAAAUUUGAUUGUUGGAAUAAACAAAAUUAUAUGGAUACAGAGGAGAUAAGAAAAGGCACGUGUGCACGAUAUAUAUGUAUGCACGUAUACGUACAUAUAUAUGCAUACGUAUAUAUACAUUGUUGCUCGUCUCUAUGAUGUUUUUAUUAGAAUCUUCAUUGUUUGAAGUACUCGAUUGCAUAGUGACAGAGAUGUGAAUCACCCUUGUUAGAAUUUUGUAUCGUUUUGUAUUAUUACUUGUAUGCUCUAAAAAAAAUAUUCUCAAACUAUUAUCAUAUGAGAAGUUAGAAAAUGAUGUAUCCCUAUGUUUUUGUUUUACAGAAAUGGAGUUUUACACGAGAACGUCAUUUUUUAGGCGAGAUAAAUAUGUGCGCGAUUGUUUAUCAUGAAAAUAUUUGAAGCCGCGAAUGUGUUUCUCCCUAUAAUAUUUUUAACAAAGAUUAGGCAAAUGAUUCUAAAUUUGAAAUACGAAAUUGUGUUUGAUAUUUCGAGAUAAUUCUAGGCUUUAUCCGGAAUUGAUAACGUCUCAUCGUUCUUCCAUUCUGUUUUGCGACAAUACCAUAGGGCUACAAUAUUUUUGAUUUAUCUUAUAUAUUACGUUAGUUUACAAACUGAAUAUGUACAACCAACACAACAUGCAGUGACAGGUUGACGAAUGCAUGAUGGAAUGAGUCCAACGACAUAAGAAGGCUACGUAUUGAGUUGACAGAAACGCGAGAGAAAUGAGUGAUAAUACUAGAUAUUGGUUGAAGUGACGACAUGCGCUUUUGUCAGUGUGGUAUCAGAUGUGGUCAUAAAAACGGUUCCAUAAUCUGGCACGAAAAACAGGUGUGCGUGUAUGUUUUUUGUAUAAAUGCGGAGAAUUAUUUAGGAAGAUAUAAUCUGCGUCUUAUACAAAGCGACAGUAUGUAUGUGUUGUAUAUCAGAAUUAUGAUUAACCAUUCACGAAUAACUUUGAAGACUUAAAGCGCGACAGAAAAAUCAAUUUUGGAAUAUUCGGCCAAACGCAGACUGAAUAUCAAUUUGUAAAAGUAAAUUUACGUUAAAUUAGACAGUUAAUAAUUUAAAUGGAGGUUUAUUCUUUUAAUUUGAAUCAAAAAUUAUAUGUUUUGCGAUGUUAAAUUAAUGGAGAGAUCUUAAAAUAUGCGUGGAAAAAAAA